AAUCUCCCAGCCCGGGGGUGCCGCUGCGGGCAGGAGCUGCCGAUGGAGCUUCAGCAGCGUGUGCCUGCUCUGCUGCUAAAGCUGCUCAGCCCAGACCCCGCAGGGCUUUUGCCCACGGCAGCAGGUCUCUGAGCACGGAUCGUGUCCCCUGCAGCCACCCGGGGGCCCUGGAGCCUGGAGGAGCCUGAGGGGCAGCGCACACCCCCCAGAGAUGGGUGUGCGCUGCCCCAUUGUGUUUUAACCACUUCCUCAUCCCAGUCCCUGCAGCUGCAGCGCUCCGGGAUGUCUCUCUGCAGCUCCAGAACAGAAUCCCUGCCCGAUCUGCAGUUCCUGGCCAGUACACCAAGUCCCCUGCUGCCGGACCUGUCUGGGCACCAGGAACAGAACCUCUGCCCUGAUGAAAUGAGUGUGAAGACAAACGAAGUGGAGGUCCUGGCCCUGGAGGAGUCCAUAGGGUCGGUGGAGGCCUUAGGGCUGGAGGAAACUUCUCCUCCCUGUAGCCCCGCAGAGCCCAGCGAGGCUGCCCCAGCCCCAGGAAUGCAGCUGAGCUGUGCCGCUGAGGCGCCUGUCACCAUGCCAGAUCCCGCUGUGCCCAGCACCGACCCGGAAUGCUUCCAGGAGCUCUCUUCGUGCUCCAGUUCCAGGUCGAUGUCUCCCGGGCCGGUUAAGAGGAUGCUCGAGUCGAGCAGAGAUUCCCAAUCAGAAAAUUCCCGCAGCUCCCGAACACGGAGGAAGCGCCAGCAGAGUCCUGGGAAGGCAGCAGGAACUCCCCGGGCAGCGCAGAGCCCUCCUGUGUCCCCGGGGCCGCGUUGUGUCAGCCUCCAGCCGUCCCCGCCGGGCACCCCAAGCCCUGGCACCCCGGCAGCAGCGGCUGCACGGAGCCCCAGCUCCCUCCCCGGGCCGGCUCCAGAGCUGCUUCCCCCAAGCGCUGAGCAGGAGCAGCCAGAGCUCCGGGCAGCCCUCCCACAUCCACCCCCCAGCACCUCCCCCAGCGUUCAAACUCCAAACGCCUCCAGUUCUUCUCGCCCCCGUUCCUCCUGCAGCCCCGCGAGCAUCCGCUCCUGCCCCGCAAUGUCCUCCUACCCCCCCGUGCCCUCCUCCCCCUCGGUGUUCUCCUGCCCCUCAUUGCCCUCCUGCCCCCCCGUGCCCUCCUGGCCACGGUUCCGGGGACAGCUGCGUGCCCCCGUUCCUGCCCCUUCUGCUGGCUCAGUCCUGUUUGUGUGUUUGCAGGUUAUGGGUGGGUUUAGAGAAUAAGUUAUUGUGUUUUUAA